GCUAACGUUACAGCGCGCAGAGCUACACCAGAAGAAGAGACCUCCUGCCUUCUGAUCCCGAGUUCAAAUCCACAAGCGGGUCUGCACAAACAGCUAUCCGCAAAAACAAAAAAACCCCCCACCACCGCAAACAUGGAAUUUGACGGAAGCCUGUUAAUCCAGUGCACCGCGGACGAGAAGCUGGUCAGCGAGGCGGAGCACCAACAGCUGAUGACCCUCCACUGUCAGCAGUGCAACGCUGUGCUGGGAGACUCUCUCGGGGUCUGUGGGGAGGUGAAAUGUAUGGACUCUAUCAUGUGCAUAAGAGUAACUAAUGAUGUGGUCGUCAGUGAUGCAGCGGAGUCAAGACACAAAGGGGAAAUGGCAAAUUGCAUCUACAGUUCUCUAAAGUGUCGCGGCUGCCUCUCUUCUGUGGGUAGAGUUAUUCACUCAGCCCCGUCUCGUUUGGCCACGGUUCGCUCCAUAUUUCUCCUCUACAAAGCAAACAUCAGUUGUUACAUCCUCAACAGCAGCUCAAUGGUGAAAGCAUCCACACUUACAUUUGAUCUGAAGGCCUUAAAAGAAAGCAUUAAUGAGGUGAGACAGCAGUUUGAAGCGCAGCUGGAUCAGAUGUCACGCAUUAAGAGCAGACUGGCCAACAGGAGUCUUACCAGUGAAUUCGACAAGUAGAGUUCACAACUAAUCUACACGGUGCCUGGUUUUGGGAUUAGGGUCCAUGUGAUCUCAUUUGUUCUUCAAUCUGCUCUCCAAUCCCUCGUGUAGACUAAUUUGUGUUGUAAGCUGUUGUUUUUUUCCCCACAUGUUUUGUGUUUCCAUUAAAUGUCUUUUGGUGAUGCAGG